ACAGAAAAUAUGCUUGUAAGAAGAAAUUAGAGGUGCGAGUGAAGAGAGAAGAACAGAAGAAAAAGAGAGAGAAGAGAAGAUCGGAGUAGAAGUGAAGCGGCAGUGCCAGAACCACUAGCAACAGCAGAAUGGGAACCUUGGGCAGAGCUUUCUACGCCGUCGGAUUUUGGAUCCGAGAGACCGGCCAAGCCAUCGAUCGCCUUGGCUCACGCCUCCAAGGCAACUACCUCUUCCAAGAACAGCUGUCUAGGCAUCGACCUCUGAUGAAUCUCUUCGACAAAUAUCCUUCCGUUCACAAGGAUGCGUUUGUGGCCCCCAGUGCCUCCCUCCUCGGCGAUGUUCACGUUGGCCCAGCUUCCUCCAUUUGGUAUGGAUGUGUUCUCAGAGGUGAUGUUAACGGCAUAGUUAUUGGAUCUGGAACUAAUAUACAAGACAAUUCUCUUGUUCAUGUUGCCAAGUCUAAUUUAACUGGAAAAGUCUUACCAACAGUCAUUGGAGAUAAUGUUACUGUAGGUCAUAGUGCUGUGUUACAAGGAUGUACUGUUGAGGAUGAGGCAUUUAUUGGCAUGGGUGCAACCUUGCUUGAUGGUGUGUAUGUUGAGAAACAUGCCAUGGUUGCUGCUGGAGCCCUUGUAAGGCAGAAUACGAGGAUUCCUUAUGGAGAGGUUUGGGGAGGUAAUCCAGCAAAGUUCCUGAGAAAGCUCACAGAAGAUGAAAUGACCUUCUUCUCACAAUCUGCCUUGAAUUAUUCCAAUUUGGCUCAGGCUCAUGCUGCUGAAAAUGCAAAAGAACUUGAGGAGACCGAAUUUGUAAAAGUUCUUCACAAGAAAUUUGCUCCUCAUGGGGAGGAAUAUGAUUCCAUACUAGGUGGUGGUCAAGAAACGCCCGCAGAGCUUAACCUUAAGGAUAAUGUUUUGCUAGACAAAGCUCCCAAGGCUUAAUUUCUUUCUUUUUUUUCUAGUAUCUUUAAUGUUCGAUUUUCCGGAGAAUGGCUGCGUUUGUUUCCUAAAAGUUUGGAGAGCUCACACUGUUAUCUCAAAUGGCAACACAUGCUGCACGUGACUUUAUUCAUCUCUGUGCUUAAUAAGAAGCCUUACUUUUUGUUUCUGGAUAAUGACCGCAAUUCAACAGUUUGGCAAUAGUUAGUUUUACAGUCAUCCAUGGACACAUCUGCAGUUUACUUGCUGUUGGGAAUGUAUUUUAAAAUAAAGAUAUCAGUUCAGAUAUGCCGGAUGAACCAGUACUUUCAUAGAUUAUAAUAUUUUUUUUUCUGUCU